ACGCAUACUACAUGCUCACCACAAGUCACAACUAUUGGAUUGGCUCAAAUCUUUGCUUUCCACAAAAUAGCCCUUUUGGUCCACAGCCACUAUUUCGAUCUUACUCUAUGAUAAUUGCAUUUCUUAGGCUAUUACAUUGGUUUCUCUUAGACAUCCACCAAUGUCCAUCUUAGCCCAAAAUAAGCUCCCCCUUGGUUCCCAACGCCAUUUCCACAAAUACCAUGUCCCUAGCAUCCAUACCCGGGUGCAUUGCUCGGCCACAACCACCACAAAACCAAAGACUGAACCAAACAGGCUAGUGGUCGAACCGCAGGUUGUGCUCCCCACACCGUCUCUAUCCACGAAUAGUGCCCGCCCCGUGCUCAAUGAUCCGAGCCUGCUGUCCACGUGGUCUCACCGUGCAUGGGUGGCAUCUGGGUGUACUACAGUGCUCAUUUCGCUAGCCAAGUCCUUGGCAGGUGCAGCCAAUUCGCACAUUUGGCUAGAGCCCGUUUUGGCUGGCUUGGUUGGGUACAUAUUGGCUGAUCUUGGGUCCGGAGUUUACCAUUGGGGCAUUGAUAAUUAUGGUGAUGCCUCAACUCCAAGCUUCGGUACCCAAAUAGAGGCAUUCCAAGGUCACCAUAAGUGGCCAUGGACAAUCACUAGGCGUCAGUUUGCUAACAAUUUGCAUGCCCUUGCUCGUGCCGUGACCUUCACAGUGCUUCCCAUAGACCUCCUUUGCAAUGACCCCAUAAUUCACGGGUUCGUUGCUGUGUGCUCGGGGUGCAUCAUGUUUAGCCAGCAAUUUCAUGCUUGGGCCCACGGCACAAAGAGCCGGCUCCCUCCACUCGUGGUGGCAUUGCAAGAUCUCAGCAUACUUGUGUCGCGGUCACAACAUGCUGCACACCACCGGCCGCCAUACAACAAUAAUUACUGCAUAGUAAGUGGGGUUUGGAAUGAGUUUUUGGAUAAGCAAAUGGUUUUUGAGGCAUUGGAGAUGAUUUUGUUCUUCAAGCUAGGAGUGCGACCCAGAUCUUGGAGUGAGCCAAAUUCCGAUUGGACGGAAGAGGCUGAAACCCCGUCUCAACUUACAGUCAGCUGACCAUGUUUC